UGUUGUUGUUGUUCGACAGCUAGUGGCAUGCUUCUCACUGGCAGUGCUAGCGGUUAGCUAAUAUAGCCAGUUAGCUAUCUAGUUGCCAUUCAUUGAUUCUGACUUUCUGUUUUUAAUUUCGCUAACGUUAGUUGGUUGGUGAGUUAACGUUUAUUAACAUAUUAGUUAGUCGAGCUAGCUAGUUGCUUUGAUUAAGGCUAGCUAACUAGGUCACUGAUUUAACUGCGACGAUGCAAUGGUCAGCUUAUGACAUGAUGUUGGACGACCAAAAACUAGCUACCUAGCUAAAGUUUUCACUGAAAUGUUUGAGUUAGAAUUCAAUAAUGGAAGGUUUACUUGACUAAUUAUAUUUUAAGAAGUAAGCUAGAGAGAGCUAGUGGUUUAAAUGGCAAGAAUAGAACCAGGUAAUGGACUUAAGUCAGCAGAGUCCCACAAAAGUUUGCGGAGCACAAGAGAAAGUCUGGCACUGACAGAUGGAGAAGGCAACUCUUUCAGCUCGGACUCUGAACUAAAUGGCUAUACCAGUGAGAGACAGACGGAUAAAUAUGGAUUUAUUGGGGGUGCACAACAAUAUUCAGAACAAUCGUAAGUAUGACCCAUCUGUUUAGAAUUGUCCAUCAGAAAUGACGUAGCUAGCUCGUUCUGUCUGUGGUUGACAGACAUGACUGUUCUAAAUUGUCAAAACGUUUUCAUAAGAAGUGCGUCUUCCUUCAUUACAGAUUAGUCAUCUGAUUGACCCCUUGUCAUCUGUUUGUCAUUUUCUAAUAUGCAAUCCAUAUUUUUAUCAGUAGCCUGUUAUUUGUUACCCCUGGAGGCCAACAGAAACAGUUAUUCCUCUUGCUCAGUGUUACACUCCAGACUGGUCUCAUAGACUAGACGUAACAUAAUAAAAGUAAAUCCGGAACACUCAAAUUAGUAUGAUAUGUUACGUUUGGUAUGGUUGCAUAAGAUAGAAGGAUACUUAAGGCCUAUAAUGCGAAUGUCUAGUAACCCAAAGGCUGCGCGUUCGAAUCUCAUCACGGACAACUUUAGCAUUUUAGCUCAUUAACAACAACUUACUACAUUUUAUAAACUUUGCAACUACUUAGCAUGUUAGCGACCCCUUCCCCUAACCUUAACCCUUUUAGCUAACCAUUUCCCUAACCUUAACCCUUUAACCUAACUCCUAAUCUUAACACUUAACCCCUAACUCCUAGAGCUAGCUAAGGUUAGCGUUAGCCACAACAAAUUGGAAUUCGUAACAUAUUGUACAUAUUAUGCUUCCAAGGAGACUUGACAGCCUUUGUGUUGUAUGGCAUUGUUUUUCCCUUUCUCAUUUUGUUUACCAAUGUGUGUUAUGUUAGGCCGGGUACUGCUGCCUUGUAAAGUGCUUUUGACUUUACAGUUGUAAGUGGCCGUGGCUGAAAUCUGUCUUGCCUACUACUUACUAAAACGACAUAGCCUACUGUGUGCUAAUAUACUACAUACUAUCUAGAACGUACUGUUUAGUAAAAACGUAGCCUAUGUAGUAAGCAACAAAUAUGAACAAAAUGCUCAUCCACACUGAGAAGGCGUCAUCUAAUGCGCAAUCAAACUUGUUCCCCACCAUUUGUUCAUCUGAUUAUCAACUGUUGUCAAACCCGUGUGUGAAAAGAUGAUUCUCUUCCUCAAUAGCGUGCAGCGAUUUCUACUUUAUGAAAAGCCAAAAUGAGUAUAACAUCCUGGCAUUUAAAGACCCAAUGCAGAUGUUUUCAUCUCAUUAUCAAAUCAUUUCUGGGUAACAAUGAAGUACCUUAGUGUAAUUUUUUUCUAUUAAAAUCAAUCAAAUUUGAUAUCAAAUAUAUCUAUAAAGUCGUUUUUACAUCCGCAAUUGUCAGUGCUUAUACAGAAACCUAGACCCAAAUAGCAAGCAAUGCAGAUGUAGAAGCACGGUGGCUAGGAAAAACUCUCUAGAAAGGCAGGAAACUAGGAAGAAACCUACAGAGGAACCAGGCUCUGAGGGGUGGAGAUUAUAAGAGUACAUGGCCAUUAAGGUCAGAUCGUUCUUCAAGAUGUUCAUAGAUGACCAGCAGGGUCAAAUAAUAAUCACAGUGGUUAUAGAGGGUGCAACAGGUCAGCAACUCAGGAGUACAUGUCAGUUGGCUUUUCAUAGUGGGGGAGAGAGAGGGUCGAAACAGCAGGUCCGGAACAAGGUAGUACGACCGGUGAACAGGUCAGGGUUCCAUAGCCGCAGGCAGAGCGGCAGAAACUGGAUGAGCAGCACGACCAGGUGUGCUCGGGACGGUUUUGGUAAAAACAGUAGGAUAAAUACACAUGUAGGUAGAGUCCAUUCCAUUCCAUUUUUUUCUCCUUUUCUUUUAAGAUUGAGUGAAGGAAAAGUAUUUUGAAACUUCUUAAUGAUUUAGUAUAUUUACUGGUGGCUGAAAGGCAUAUUUUUGUUGAAAAAUAAACAAAAAUAGCUUCUUAACAAAGAGCAAUUUCUCAAGCAAGAAUUUGCUAGGACUGUCUAGGAGUGGGGAGGGGAAAACUGAAAACUAGCGGUUGUUGGCAGAGAGGUUUGGAACGUAACUUUUGUUUUGUACAUAUGUUUCCGCCAUCGUUUCCUAUGACCGAAAAGAGCUUCUGGACAUCAAAACAGCUAUCACUAACCUAGAUUUGGACGAGGACUUCUACUUCAAUGAGUCAAAGGCGAAGGACAUAUAGAUUUUUCCAGACCAGGCCCAAAUCCCCGACUCUCGAAGAAGGAGGAGAUGGCGCUAUAGAGGCCGGCGCGCGGGCACACUGAUGAAACUAUGGCGGCAAGUAAAUAAAUCGCCUCUACCCACUGUAUUGGCGAAUGUGCAAUUUCUGGAGAAUAAACUGGAUGAGUUCCAUUCGAGACUAUCCCAUCAACGGGACAUUAAGAACUGUAAUAAACUAUGCUUCUCGGAGUCAUGGCUGAACAAGGACAUGGAUCAUUUACAUCUAGCUGGUUUUUCUAUGCAUUGGCAGGACAGAACGGCAGAGUCCGGUAAGAUCGGGGGGGGGGGGGGGGGGGAGUUAUUUGUGUCUUUGUCAACAACAACUGGGGUGCGAUCUCUAACAUUAAGGAAGUCCCAAGUCUAGAAUACCUCAUUAUAAACUGUAGACCAUACUAUUUACCAAGAGAGUUUUCAUCUGUAUUUUUCGUAACUGUCUAUUUACCACCACAAACCGAUGCUGGCACUAAGACCACACUCAACGAGCUGUAUCGGGCCAUAAGCAAACAAGAAAAUGCUCAUCCAUAGGUGGCGCUACUGGUGGCCGGUGAUUUUAAAAACAUGUAGGCGUUGAGGAUUAUACCUUUAUAUUCUUAGCUACCAGUGGGAGGCUGCUGAGGGGAGAACGGCUCAUAAUACUGGCCGGAAUGGAGCAAAUGGAAUGGCAUCAAACACCUGGAAACCAUGUGUUUGAUGUAUUUGAUACCGUUCCACUGAUUCCGCUCCAGUCAUUACCACGAGCCCGUUCUCCCCAAUUAAGGUGCCACCAACCUCCUGUGGUAACUACGUCCAUCGUAACAAGAAAUAGAUGACCGUGGUGGUCAUGUCAACUCUUAGUAUGUUUUUCCCAACUGCUGUGACAGGUGGCGCAGUCCGCUAGUUCAAUGGUUGUGAGUUCUAAUCCCACAUUAUUUACAAUAUGCAUCCCGUGCUCACACACUUUUAAUUCUGAAAAGUGAAAGUAUACCCGCAAGAGGUGUCGCUCUGGUAGUAGUUGUAGGUUUUUAUACAGUACCCAAGACCAAUCUGUGAGUUAAUUUGACAAUUGGAAAAAUAGCUACUGUGUAAAUACUGCAAUGCGGGUUGGAUUGAAUUGAGGCCCUAAUCUUCAUUUUCAAGGUGAUGAUUGCACUUUCUUCCCAACACAAUACCGCAAUACAUGUGAGUCCACAUUUCAAUUAUUUUUUUAUAGCGCCCCAUGGAGGAUUUGAACUUACACCGCAAGUGGCAAUCGAUGUCAAAAACUCACUCUUACCACUGUGAGGUAACUGUCCAAAGCUGUAUUUGCUCACGAUGCACUUAAUUUGAUUAUCAGAGCGUGCCAGUGGACUUCAGGUAUGUUUUAGUGAGAAAGUGUUGGGAUCAGGUACAACUAUGUUUACCCACCCCCAAAAUUAAUAUUUAUGAUCAAUUCCCCCCCACCCACAACUUCUCAACUGAAUAGAUUUUUUUUUUUUUUUUUUUGAAGGGGUUGGGUAAAGGCUGAAAUUGGGGUUGAGAGUUACCCUUUAAAGCAUACUACAUUUUUGAAAUGUCACAUAUUAUAAAAUGUUCUAUUUUCGAAUAGAAAAGGCCAUUCAAGAUGGUCAAAACCCUUUUCGGCAUCAACAGCCAUUGAUAAAUCUAUAACUUGUUUUUUGGUGUAUUGUAUUAAACUGAAACAUGUUAUUGUAUUUGUUUGUCUAUUUUUAAUAAACCCUGUUUGAUAUGUGUCAAGUCUGGUAAGAUGGUUGCCAUUCUAUUGCUAAUAAGCUUUGUUAUUAUUUUGUCACAAUUUUAUUAAACUUAUGGUUCUGUAAUCAGCAGUGGACUCUCCAGAUUUUCCUGGUUUUAAUAUAACUGAAAUAACUGUUUGAUACAUGGAACUAGGAAGCACUGAAUUGAGUGACAUGUUGUCAUUUGUGUAAAUAGGGGUGCUACUUUGUCCCAAAAUGUUAAAUGGAAUUCUAUGGGAAAGCUGUCCUUUCCUGGUGUUUUUCAUCUGCGCCAAUCUUUUAACAAUGUCUCUGUUUUAUUGAUUAUUUUUUGUCUGCUGAUAAUUGAUUCAGGGUUGUUGAGUCUAAGAAGGCUGUAGGAUCAGAUAAAAAAAAUUUGCUUGCCCAAAAAGCCUACUAUUUAGAACACAAGUAUGGGUAUUCGGACACGGCCAUUGUCUUUUCUACACUAAUGUGGAUUUUAGCCACUGAGUGCAACAUGAGCCGCUGGUUCCCUGCAAAACAGAAUACCUGCCUGAUCUGUCACCACUUGGUCCAAACAAACGCCUUCUGACUCUACAUACAACCUAUUGUGAUCUGCAUUUCUCUCGUGUUUAGGCCCCCUGUGAGUGGUUGAUGAGCACCAGGAGAAGGAGUGGGGAGGGAACAGAACUAAGGGAAUGUUCUCUCAGAGCUUCCUGUUUUCUGUGUGCUUCACAGGCUGUGGCAAGUGUUCCACUGUUUUGUCUGAGGAUUAAUUUCCUUUGAGGAGUAGGAAGAGCUCAGACGCUGCUCCUCCCCCACCAAUGACAGGCCCUUCCUCCUAGAGUGCUAAGAUGUGAUAAAAAGCAUGCCACAUCCUAGCACUCUGAACUGUUUGUAUGGUGUUUUGUAUUUGAGAGUGAGUGCUCAAAAUGAUAGUAUUUGGACUACACCUGUCCCUGUUUGCUUAGAGCUUCCUGAGAUCACCCUCGACCCGGGAUAACUGUAAUCUGAUAGUCUGCACUAAUUCAGCCAGGCUAAUGCCAAUCCCUGUCUGUCUGUGCUGCGCUCAGCCCUUUGUACUACCUGGUAUUUGUCUACCUUGUAAAGCAGGUGCUUGUGUGAGGCACUGCUGUUUGCACGGCAUGAGUGACCCCUUGUCUUUCAUUCUGGCUUUUUAGGUCCUAGUAUCUGUCAUGUCAUAUGAUCUGCUGGAGUUUGAAAGAGAAUGCAGGCCUAAAUGUUCAGCCCAUUUUGUUGGAUGUAGACUAAUGACUGCAAGGCAGUCCCUAGAAAAAAUGUAAAAAAUCACAACAUAAAGGGGACUUGUCAAAGCCUCUUAGGCGAAGAGCUUGUUAGUUUUAGCCUGUCCAAACUGUAUUUUUUUUUAUUAUGAAGCCUUUUUGUGAUGGGUUCUGCAGAAUGAUUAUCUGGCUGUUUGGUGUGCUCCGUUGGAAGGGAAAGGUCAUGUUGUCCUUUGACUAAUGAUGCUACUACGGCUACCACAGUUGCUGCCACUGUGACAGAACAGUGGUAUCUGUGUGUUCAUGGAUCUGUGUGUGUGUAUGUUCUAUUGCCUUGUAUGCUUGAUAUUUCUGAGGUCUGUGCCUCUCCUUAGGUUUUUAUUUAUUUAUGUAACCUACAACAUACGACCUCGUUUCAUUCAUCGCUGAGAAAAAGGAGAGGCUAUUUAUAAUGAGGACCAUGACACAGUAUAAUUCAAAAUCAAAUGCAGAGUUAAAUAUAUAUAUAUAUUUUUUUAAAUAAAUACACAGUGAAUAACAAUCAAAAUAACAUGGCUAUAUACAGGUCGAUCAUUGUCAGUUUAUAGUCUCUGCUCUGUGUGUGUUGGUGUCAGUGUAAGUACAGUAUAUGUGUGGGUAGAGUCCAGUGUGUGUGCAUAGUCAUCGAAGGGUAAAUGGAGGUAGCUAUUUAGCAGUCUUGUUUAGAAGUCUUAUGGCUUGGGGGUAGUGAUGUGCAGUUCACAAACGAUUUGUUCUUUUUGAAUGACUCUUUACUGACUCGAGAGUCAUGAUUCGUUUUUUUCCGAGUGACUCAUUCAUUUUAGUCAUUAGUUUAACCUGCUAGUCCGGUUGCGGCCACAACUAGACCUCGUUUCAAAUGUAUCAAAUAAUCGUAUUUGUAUGCCUAGCAAUCAACAAAUGUACAUUGUUUAAAGCUCCACUACAGCCCCAUCGAUGUGGAUUGGGGCAUGCUCGCCCCUCCAUUUCCUGUAGUCCACGAUCAGCUCCUUUGUCUUGCUGACGUUGAGAAGUUGUUGUUCUAGCACCACACUGCCAGGUCUCCGACCUCAUCCCUAUACGCUGCCUCAUCGUCGGUGAUCAGUCCUACCACCGUCGUGUCGUCAGCAAACUUGAUGAUCGUGCGCAGCCACGCAGUCGUGGGUGAACAGGGAGUACGGGAGGGGACUAGGCACACACCCCUGAGGGCCAUCCAUGUUGGUCAGCAUGGCAGAUGUGUUGUUGCCUACCCUCACCACCUGGGGGCGGCCCAUCAGGAAGUCUAGGAUCCAGUUGCAGGGGAUGUGUUCAGUCCCAGGGUCCUGAGCUUGGAGGGUAUUAUGAUGUUGAAUACUGAGCUGUAGUUAAUGAACAGCAUUCUAACAUAGGUAUUCCUUUUUUCCAGGUGGGUGAGGGUAGUGUCUAAUGCAGUAGAGAUUGCGUCAUCUGUGGAUCUGUUGGGGCGGUAUGCGAAUUGGAGUGGGUCCAGGGUGUCUGGGAUGAUGGUGUUAAUGUGAGCCAUGACCAGCCUUUCAAAGCAUUUCAUGGCUAUAGAUGUGAGUGCUAUGGGGUGAUAGUCAUUUAGGCAGUUUACCUUGGCGUUCUUGGGUACGGGAACUAUGGUGGUCUACUUGAAACAAGUUGGUAUUACAGACAGACCGGGUUAGGGAUAGGUUGAAAAUGUCAGGGAAGACCCUUGCCAGCUGGUCAGCACAUGCUCUGAGUACGUGUCCUGGUAUUCCGUCUGGCCCCGCGGCCUUUGCGAAUGUUAACCUGUUUAAAGGUCAUACAUCGGCUACGGAGGGCGAGAUCACACAGUUGUCCGGAACAGCUGGUGCUCUCAUUCAUGGUUGUGUUGCUUGCCUCGAAGCGAGCAUAGAAGGCACUUAGCUCGUCUGGUAGGCUUGUGUCGCUGGGCAGCUCGUGGCUGGGUUUCCCUUUGUAAUCCUUGAUAGUUUGCAAGCCCUGCCACAUCCGUCGAGCGUCAGAGCCAGCGUAGUAGGAAUCGAUCUUAGUCCUGUAUUGACGCUUUGCCUGUUUUAUGGUUUGUCGGCGGUCUUAGCGGGAUUUCUUAUAAGUGUCCGGAUUAGUGUCCCGCUCCUUGAAAGCGGCAGUUCUAGCCUUUUAGCUCAGUGCGGCUGUUGCCUUUAAUCCAAGACUUCUGGUUGGGGUAUGUACGUACGGUCACAAUGGGGAUGACUUCGUCUAUGCACUUAUUAAUGAAGCUGGUGACUGAUGUGGUAAACUCCUCAAUGUUAUCGGAUGAAUCCCGGAACAUAUUCUAGUUUGUGCUAGUGAAACAGUCCUGUAGCUUAGCAUCCGCUUCAUCGGACCACUUCCGUAUUGUGUGUCACUGGUACUUCCUGUUUAGAGUUUUUGCUUGUAAGCAGGAGGAUAAAGUUAUGGUCUGAUUUACCAAAGAGAGGGUGAGGAAGGGCCUUAUAUGAGUUUGUGUAUGGAGUAAAAGUGAUCUAGAGUUUUGUCGCCUCUAGUUGCACAGGUGACAUGCUGUAAAACAUUUGUUAAAAGGAUUUAGUUUUUCUGCAUUCAAAUAACUGGCCACGAGAAACGCCCCCUCUUGAUGUGCAUUUUCUUGUUUGCUUAUGGCCAUAUACAGUUCGUUGAGUGCGGUCUUAGUGCAAGCAUCAGUUUAUGGUGGUAAAUGGACAGCUACGAAAAAUAAAUAGUAUGGUCUGCAGCUUAUCAUGAGGUAUUCUAACUCGGGCGAGCAAAAACCUGAGACUUCCUUAAUAUUAGAGAUUGCGCACCAGCUGUUGUUAGCAAAGAGCCACACCCCUCCUCCCUUCGUCUUACCCGAGUCUGCCGUCCGGUCUUGACGAUGCAUAGAAAAACCAGUAAGAUGUACAUUAUGUCCUCAUUGUAUAUUAUCCGUGUCCGCCCUGAGAAACAUAGAAUAUGACCGUUUUAAAGGUCCUGUUUGCUCUCCAUUGACUGCACGUUCGCCAAUAGAACAGAGGACAAUGGCGGACUAUUUGCUUGCCAACAUAGUUUCAUCAGGAUGCCGCCUCGCCUGCCUCUCUUUCGUCGCCGCUUCCUCUUUCGAGUCCCAGGGAUUAGGGCCUGGUUUGGAGGAAGCAGAACUUCCAGAGCUGCCGACUCGUUGAAGUAGACAUUUUCAUCCAAAUCGAGGUUGGUGAUCGCUGUUCUAAUGUCCAGAAGCUGUUUUCGGUCAUAGGAAAUGAUGGUGGAGACAUUACCUACAAAAAAAGUUACGACCAGCGUAAAAAAACACAAAAUAGCAGAAUUGGUCAGGAGCCCGUAAGACUGCCACUGCAGCGCCAUCGACACAGUUCACCCCUCCUUCCUCCAUCCCCCUUGGCUAAUUUGACCACAGUCGUUCCAGUGUACCUGGUGUGUCUGUCAGAUGGAUGCAAUAAAGAUGCUCUUUCUCAGAGAGGCCUCUUGAGGGUCCCUUCUGAACUGCCCUCGACUCUACUGUCCUCGCCUCCAUCCACUGCCUUCUCUCUUUCAAGGGAAGGAGCACAAGCCCAACUCUCCUCCUAUGUCUCUUGUUUUCAUCUGGAGAGGCGCUACAAUAGCAGCCAUUGUCCUUGUCUUUUUUAUAUUUUCUUCCAUUUCCGCUCGUUUCAAUGGACACUACGAUCAUAUGGCUCAAGUUUUCUAGCGAAAUAAUUGUUUCUGAAAGAGAAACAAUGUAGGCUCCUCUGGCGAAUGAUUUUCAGAAGCUACAGGAAGCGGCUUGUAUUUUUGUUUUUCUCCAAGACAACUUCCUGUGUGAGGGAUGGCACUUCCUGUUUGGCCCUCGGCCCGCCCUCCCUCACUCUGCUCUUGUUUCACUGUUGUCUGUGUUGACUACCUUUUUGCUUUUCAUGUCUCAAGUAAUACAUCAGAGUUUUUGUUUGGAGAGACAGAUGUAUGUAGCUGUAGUAUAACCCUGGGUCUGUCUGUCACUCCCUGAUUCCCACAGAGCUGAAAACAUCCCUCCUGAGGUGCUGAGACAGAGGGAGGCCAAAUGGCUGGACAUGCUCAACAACUGGGACAAGUGGAUGGCAAAGAGACACAAGAAGGUAAGUCAGUCAAACGCUGGCUGAUCUACAGAAAUCCCAUUGCUGACGAAAACAGCAAAUUCAUGUGUUGGUCUUUAUUAGAAACAUGUUAAGGUAGCCUUGCAAGCUGUUAUGUGCCACCCCUUUUACUCCUAUUGAGUGACUGCUUUGGAUGCUACAGUAUGUCAGGUCACAAUACAGUCACCACAGCCCCACCUGUUUUGCAAUGUGUAACUCAGAGCUGAUUUAUUAUUACACACUUAGUGUACACAAACCACCCUGGAGAAAAGGCCUAAGGGCAUGAACUGUGGAAGGAAAGUAAUUGAACACAUACAGUGCCUUGCAAAAGUAUUCAUCCCCCUUGGUGUUUUUCCUAUUUUGUUGCAUUACAACCUGUCAUUUAAAUUGAUUUUUAUUUGGAUUUCAUGUAAUGGACAUACACAAAAAAUGAAAAAAAUAACUUGUUUCAAAAAAUUCCAAUAAAUAAAUAACAGAAAAGUGGUGCGUGCAUAUGUAUUCACCCCCUUUGCUAUGAAGCCCCUAAAUAAGACCUGGUGCAACCAAUUACCUUCAGAAGUCACAUAAUUAGUUAAAUAAAGUCCAUCUGUGUGCAAUCUAAGUGUCACAUGAUCUGUAACAUGAUCAUAGUAUAUAUACACCUGUUCUGAAAGGCCCCAGAGUCUGCAACACCACUAAGCAAGGGGCACCACCAAGCAAGCGGCACCAUGAAGACCAAGGAGCUCUCUAAACAGGUCAGGGACAAAGUUGUGGAGAAGUACAGAUCAGGGUUGGGUUCAAAAAAAAUAUCCGAAACUUUGAACAUCCCAUGGAGCACCAUUAAAUCCAUUAUUAAAAAAUGGAAAGAAUAUGGCACCACAACAAACCUGCCAAGACAGGGCCGCCCACAAAAGCUAAUGGACCAGGCAGGGAGGGCAUUAAUCAGAGAGGCAACAAAGACUGGGACGGAGGUUCACCUUCCAGCAGGACAAUGACCCUAAGCAUACUGCUAAAGCAACACUCAAGUGGUUUAAGGGGAAACAUUUAAAUGUCUUGGAAAGGCCUAGUCAAAGCCCAUACCUCAAUCCAAUUGAGAAUCUGUGGGAUGACUUAAAGAUUGCUAUACACCAGCGGAACCCAUCCAGCAGUUUUGCCUUGAAGAAUGGGCAAAAAUCCCAGUUACUAGAUGUGCCAAGCUUAUAGAGACACACCCCAAGAGACUUGCAGCUGUAAUUACUGCAAAAGGUGGCUCUACAAAGUAUUGACUUUGGGGGGGUGAAUAGUUAUGCACGCUCAAGUUUUCAGUUUUUUGUCUUAUUUGUUGUUUGUUUCCCCCUUCAAAGUGGUAGGCAUGUUGUGUAAAUCAAAUGAUACAAACCCCCCAAAAAUCCAUUUUAAUUCCAGGUUGUAAGGCAACAAAAUAGGAAAAAUGCCAAGGGGGGUGAAUAAUUUCGCCAGCCACUGUACUGGAACAACCUGUCCCCCUUGCUUGAUAUCUAAUCUAUUACGCUGAUGGAAUUCCCAUGAUUUUGAAACUAUUCUCACCGUGCAUGAUAAUGAUGAGUGGCUGUGACCGUAGCACUAACUUCCUAUCCCCAGAUGAAGCUGCGCUGUCAGAAGGGCAUCCCCCCCUCACUGCGAGGCCGGGCGUGGCUUUACCUGUCAGGAGGAAAGGUGAAGAGGGAGCAGCACAAGGGCAAGUUCGAGGUCAGUCAUUAUCCUCACUGUUAAUACCUGUCUCUCUCUAUCUCACACACACACACACACACACACUUACUCAUACUUUUACACAUAGUGUAAGCAUGUAAAUAACUGUGUGUGUGUUUCUUUUUAAGGAGCUGGACAGCCAGGCAGGAGACCCUAAGUGGGUGGAUGUGAUAGAGCGGGACCUCCACAGACAGUUCCCCUUCCAUGAGAUGUUUAUGGCAAGAGGAGGCCAUGGGUAAGAAAUGUGAAUGGGGCAUUGUGUUUCUGUCACUGUGUUUCUGUUGAUGUUACUUGUGCCUUUGUCUCAGUAUUUUUCUGUUAGUUUUUUAGUAACUGAAUUGUGCUUACUGUGUAUGUAGGCAGCAGGACCUGUACCGUGUCCUGAAGGCCUAUACUCUGCACCGGCCAGAGGAGGGUUACUGCCAGGCCCAGGCUCCCAUCGCUGCUGUGCUGCUAAUGCACAUGCCUGCUGAGGUGAGCCUGCACACACACACACACACACACACACACACACAUAUAUACUGUUACUCACGCUCCAAUAAUGUUUUCUGAUAAUGUUGCAUGCAUACGCCAACCGUCAUGUUUAAUUUAUGUUUGUGCUUUAUUGACAGGAUGCAUUCUGGGGUUUGGUCCAGAUCUGUGAGAAGUACCUUCCUGGAUACUACAGUGCAGGGCUGGUAAGACACAUUACUUCAAACUACAUACACAUUCUCUCUCCUUCACUCACACUUAUACUCAAAAUGAACACAUAGACACAAAAAUACAAUGAACCAAGAUCACGUGCUUUAGAGAAUUUGCUGACUGUUGGCUGUGACAGGGUGAGGUCUUUUACUAGGGUUUAAAGAUCAGGCAUACAGGAUACAGUUUGAUAAGGGCAGAGCUAGAGAGUAACUCAAAGAGCUUACCUGUCACUAAAAUAAAGUCAAACAUUCAUUCAGCAUGUUUAUCAUUGUCAGGAACACCCGUGUCUUGGAAAAGAAAAGCUGUACAAUUUUAGGUGACAAUCAUGUUGAAUGCAGGCAGGCAGGUCAUAUUAUUGGACCAGCUCUCUAGCUGGCAUGUGCUGCUGUCAUUGCAUGCCUGUAGCUUGUUGUCUGUGACCGUGACAAGCUAAUGACCUGAGUGAACGGGUGACCAGACAAUGUGGUCCAGAUAAUGAAACUAUUAGAUUUAACAAAUGAAGGAGUCUGUUCUCGUGUCCUCUCACACUCUCUCUCACACUUUCUUUCUCCCUCUCGCCCCUCCCUGCCUCUCUCCCUCGCCCCCUCUACUCUCCUUUCUGACUGUUCUUCCUGUGUGCUCCUGUAGGAGGCGAUCCAGCUGGAUGGAGAGAUCCUGUCUGCUCUGCUGAAGCGGGUGUCUCCUCUGGCCCACCGCCACCUGAAGAAGCACAAGAUGGAUCCUAUCCUGUACAUGACAGAGUGGUUCAUGUGUGCCUUCUCCAGAACCCUGCCUUGGGCCUCCGUGCUGCGCGUCUGGGACAUGUUCCUCUGUGAGGGUGAGAUACAGAGUAAACAUACGCACAUUACAUUAUGGCCACAUGAGAGCACUCUCAGAGAGGCAGGGUCUUUAGACAGACAAGCACACAUGCCAGCAUACUCAUCAUUACAUACAUCAUAGACACAUUCAAACAUACAAAGGAACACACACACUUAUCUCAGGAGUGUUAUCUCAGGAUCUCCGUCUGGUGUGUGUUCGUCCAGGAGUGUUAUCUCAGGAUCUCCGUCUGGUGUGUGUUCGUCCAGGAGUGUUAUCUCAGAAUCUCCGUCUGGUGUGUGUUCGUCCAGGAGUGUUAUCUCAGGAUCUCCGUCUGGUGUGUGUUCGUCCAGGAGUGUUAUCUCAGGAUCUCCGUCUGGUGUGUGUUCGUCCAGGAGUGUUAUCUCAGGAUCUCCGUCUGGUGUGUGUUCGUCCAGGAGUGUUAUCUCAGGAUCUCCGUCUGGUGUGUGUUCGUCCAGGAGUGUUAUCUCAGGAUCUCCGUCUGGUGUGUGUUCGUCCAGGAGUGUUAUCUCAGGAUCUCCGUCUGGUGUGUGUUCGUCCAGGAGUGUUAUCUCAGGACUCUGUGUGACUUAAUCUGUCCGUCUGGUGUGUGUUCGUCCAGGAGUGAAGAUUAUCUUCCGGGUGGGCCUGGUGCUGUUGAAGUGCAUGCUGGGCUCCCAGGACAAGCUGAAGACGUGUCAGGGCCAGUAUGAGACCAUGGAGUUGCUCAAGACCAUAGAUACACGCUACAUGCAGGAGGGGUUCCUAGUGCGGGAGGUACGGCCAUGCACAACCACCCACAGCCAUACUUCUAGAACCAGAAACAUCAAAUACUGGAAAAUGCUGUGUCAUAGUUUUUAGCCACUUUGGGAAUAGCUGACAUGAAUGUGAUGAGACUAUGUCAUGGCCACAUUGCAUGCUAAGGGCUAUGGUGUAAACUGAAAAAAAGUGUUACUUUAAUAAAACAGUAUGAUAUUAGUCAUGAUUUCUGCUACCUUGUCAAGCUGACAAGAGUUUAAGACCACUAUGGUUAACCACUACCCCUUUUGCUCUGUCCCAGAUUAUAGAGCUGCCGGUGUCAGAGCGGAACAUUGAGAAGGAGCACCUGGCAUCAGUGCGGCGCUGGAAGGAGACCCGGGGUGAGUUGCACUGCAAGUCCCCUCCAAGAAUGCACGGCGCCAAAGCCAUCAUGGCCGCCGAGCCGCCCAGUCACCAAGACCUGAGACAGAACCCCACCAUCAUAGUCGAGUCGCCCCUGGCAACCAAGCGCAAUGGGGAGUACAAGGAGAGGAAAAAGACCAAAGAGGAGAAGAAUGGGAAGAAGAACCACUCUCCGACCCCAGUCGCAGCCAACCCCUUCCCUGAACCCAGCGAGCCCUCCCCCCUCCUCAAAGACACAGCCAUGCAGGGCUCCAAUCAGAGCCUGAGCAGCACAGAGCAUGACACCUACCUGUAGCAGAUGGAAGGAGCUGGGACAAGCUGGGGGUUACAACACCUGUUUACUGCUCACUGACUCCAUAUCCCCAGUAUACCUGUACCCUCUGACCCAUCCCCACCUCUGCCCUGACCAUCAGGUCCCACACCUCUUGACCGACCCUUUCCAUUAUAGCCAAAUGCAUCCAUAGCAAAACACUCUAAAAUAAUGGAAGCCUCUGGCGUAGACCAAGUAGUAGUUGUUUUUCACACAUAUAUGGGAGAUGACAAUUCAAUCAUCAGUUGGGAGAGUGCAGAACUAACCUUCGUUCAGUUGGCCAUACGGGUAUACAUGCACUUGGGCUGAGGGUAGAUUAUACAGCCUGCCGCUGAGAUCAAUCAUAUCAGUUGAUUAUUUCAAUCUUUUCUCACUAAAGAAGUCUUAGACUGAGUCAAGAUUAGGUGACAUAACUAUGAAGUCUGCUUAGCCAAGAGUCCUGGAUCUGUCCUACAAGAUCUGGGGGUCUUUUGCUAGAGGCUGGAGCACUACCUAUUUACAUCUUGCACCUAAUAUAUACUGUAGUAUGAGGCACUACACUGCCAACACACACCAAUCCAGAAUUGUUAGAUUAAGUUCUCAGUCACAGGGAAUGUCAAUUCAGUUAAAUUAAUCACAGCAGAAUAUGGCUUGAAUCACAUACGUUGCCAACAUACUGUAUAAAGAUUAAUGCUAUUGUCAUUCACUCAUUGGUGCAUCCUUUCUCUCUGAUUGUAGUUGAUGUUGAUUAACACUAGAGGGCUCUGUGGGGCAAUUUUCCUGCCCUGACCAAUGAAGGAACUUGAAUGACCGUGGUUGAGGGGAAAAUCAAUGAUCUGUUUAUCAUCUUCAUAGUUUCAAAUGAAGGAAAUGAAAGUUUGCAGGACAAUUCCUGUCACUAGACCAAAGCUUGUUGAUUUGAUGUUUUGACAUAUAUUAUGUGUUGUAAGAUCCAUGCUGUCUGAAUUAUUCCUGAGUGUGUUGAUUCUUUGCUGAGCUCCAGAGAACAGACGGUGAGUGUGUGUGGUUAUGCAGUGGGAGAAACAUGGGAGAAUGCCAAUCGAUGGACCACUCGUAUCAUACUCAGCCAUGUUGAUUAAUCUAGCCAUGUCUAGUUGAUGAGAUAAGUAUAAGCUAUUUGUGUAUACCUGUUUAUUAACUCUGUCCAUAAUUGCUUUAUAUGCAAUCAUCAAUGUUUUACAUAAAUGUGUGUCAAGGUCAAAUAUCUGCCUUUAGAUCAGAUUAGAACAGCUGAAGUUGAUGUUUCUGAAGGGACUAUUUGUAUGAAAGAACAUUGUCCAUUUUUUAAAUGGUAAAAGGAUGAUUUCUGUAAAAAUUGCUGUAGAUUUUCACACUUGCAUAGUAUAACACUACAUAUACAAUAGGUUUAUAUUUGUCUAAGAUUAAGCACUUUGUCCCUGGUCAAGCCCUUUAAGAAUAGAAUGAACAAUAACAUUUUGUUUGUCUUCUGUAAAAUUGGCUGUGUGUGUGUAUAUACACUGAACAAA